AAUGUCUUACGCGUACUGCUUUUUACAGUGAUAAAUUAUUACUUUGGACUUAAGUUUUGUAAAGGUAUCCGUUUUACGAUAUGGAACGUUGGGUCGGUCGUGUAGCACUUGUCACAGGGGCAUCAUCUGGUAUAGGGAAGGCCGUAGCAAAAUCAUUGGUUUGCCAUGGGAUGAAAGUUGUAGGAUGCUCAAGAAAUACGCAAGUGGUGCAGGAGAUGGCAGAGAGUUUGAAGUCAGAGAAAGGAUCAUUGACACCAAUAGCAUGUGAUGUAUCCAAAGAAGAACAAGUUUUGUCAAUGUUUGACAAGAUUAAAUCUGAACUUGGUGGUACAGAUGUGUGUAUAAAUAGUGCUGGAUUGGGUCAGGAUGCACCUUUACUUACCGGCAAAACUGAACAGUGGAGAAGCAUGUUUGAAGUAAAUGUUCUUGGAUUAUGUAUUUGCACACGUGAAGCAGUUAAAUCCAUGAAAGACAGAGGUGUAGAUGAUGGACAUGUUAUACAGUUAAAUAGUGGUGUUGGUCAUAAGCAGUAUGCUUCAAAUCCAAGUGGACAUUUCUACAGUGCUACCAAAUAUGCUGUCACCUCGCUGGUGGAGGGGUUACGGAAAGAGUUGAGGUUGUCAAAGUCACAUAUCAGAGUCACAAGCAUUAGCCCAGGUUUGGUGGAGACAGAAUUUUCUCAUAGAAUGUACACACAUGACCCACAGAGAGCUGUGCAAAAGUAUAGUCAAUUCGAGAAUUUGAAGCCUGAAGAUGUAGCCGAUGGUAUUAUUUACGCACUGAGUGCCCCUGGACACGUUCAGAUACACGAGGUAAUGAUAAACCCAACGGAACAGCCGUGAAUGAUUUAAUGAAUUCCAAUGCUGCUUUUGACAUCUUUUAUGGAAGCAUCCUACAAUAUUAUCCUUUAUAAGUGUCAUUUGAUGUGUUACAAAAUGUCAGUUAUAAACAAUUUCAUUUAGAUCUAAUAUUAAAUCAGUGCCGUAGCCAGACACAAAUUUAAACCGAGGCAAUCUAGGGGGGUCCGGGAGCAUGCCCUCGGAAUAUUGUUUUUCCCAGGACGUAUCUGGUGUACUCUCAGACUGUGUUAUAUCACAGUAAAAAUCCUUAUAGCCCUAUUUAUUACAGUUACUUUCGUAUUUAAGAAAAAAUUAUAUCGAUAACAAGGAUAAUUAGGGAUUUAUCCUAGUCUAACAUGGUCGGAUACAAUCAUUUUUGUAACUAAAAGGCAAUAAAAUCAGAAAGCCAUCAAUACAACAACAUGCUACUUUUCAGUUUACAAGUAGUUUAUUAGUUUAUACCCCGGAGGGAGUAGCUACGGGUAGGGGUGGGGUGGGGGGCUCUGUCCGUAUUAAGGAGGGGGGUCAUAAGCUCUCCCCUUGGAAUAUUUUGAAAAAGGUAUGAAAUGGUUGCCUCUGGUGCAUUUUUGGUCUAAACCUUAAGGUACUGGAGGAGGCUCUCAUCCAUCGAAAUUUUUAA